AUGAUAUAAAAUUAAAGUGAACUUGAAGGAAAUAAUUCAAUGCAAGUAUAAAAAAAAAUUAGUGUAAAAUUAUAAAUUAGGCUUGAUAAUAUAAAUAAUGAAGAACAGAAUGAUAAUCAAAUUAUAUAAAAUGUUUUUGUGUAUUAUUAGGAUUAAAAGGAGAUGAGCAUUGAUUUUAAUCAUAGCAAAAUGGAAAUAGAUAAUAACCAAAUAUGGUUUGCUAAUAUUGAGAUUGAUCCUAAUAAUGUUUAUAAAUACUUUUAUAAAGUUUAAUAAAAAAAUAAAAUAAAAUAAGAAUCUCAAACAAGAUAUUUUAAAUAUGAUUAAAAUGGAAGAAUAGCAAUAGAUGAAUGGAAUAGUGUUUGGUGUUUGUAUAGAUAUUAAUAAGAGGAUCCUAAAAUAUUGGAAUAUUUUCAAAUUAAGAUUAAGGAUUAUCAUAAAAAAUCAUAUUAAAGUAUUGAUCAUUAGAAUGUUAAUGAAUCUGGGAUCACUUAUUUGGAGUGUUCAGAAACUCUUAAGUUUUAAGAAUAAUAAAAAAGAUAAUUUGCAUUUAUUUAUAAAAAUAAUUAAGAUUAGGUUGAAUUGAGUAAUUAAUUUGAUCCAAGGAAAGGGAAUAGUUUUAUGAAUAAUUAUGUAUUGAAUAAGUUUAAAGAGAGUAUAAUUUUAAGUAACGAAUAAGAAUAAAGAAUAAAUACAUUAGUAUCUUAAAAAUAAAAUAUUUCAAAUAAAAAUGAGGAAUAAUAUAAAAAAAUCAUAUAAAACUUAGAAAAUAAAUUUAAUAUGAAGUAGAUUGAAGUAAAUGAUUAUCGAUUAUAAUUACAAAAAGAAAUUGAGAGAAUUAAAGAAUCUAAAAAUAAAAUUGACUAAUUGGAAUAGAGAUUAAAGAGUUUAGAAUCGGAAAAUAAUCAUUUAAUCUUUACAAUAUAAGAAAAUGAAAGAGUAUUUAAUAUAAAGUAAAAGUAAUAAGAGUAUUAAAGAGAAGAUUAGAUUCUUAAAUAUAUAGAAAAUAAAAAGAUUGAAUUUUAAAAUAAGAUGGAAUAAGUUUAAAAAAGAAACAAUGAAAUGUUAAAAAAAUAGUAAGAAAAAAUGGAAGAAGAUUAAAAAUCUUUGUAAAAGAAAUCUUAAGAAGUAAUAAACAAAUAUAUUUAAAUGCUUGAAGAAGCAAAUUAGAAAAUUAGAAAUUAAGAAUUAAAAUCUAUUUAAUUUGAAAGUGAUGAUAUCAAAAUAUAAAUUGAUUAAUCUGAAAUACCUGAAGAUUAUAAACAAAAUAUUAAAGAUCUAGAAUAAACUAUUUUAUAAUAUAAGAAUACAGAAUAAAGUUUGAAAAAGGAAAAGGAAGAAGUAGAAAAAUAUUAUAAUGAUAAACAUGAAAAAUAAAAAUCAUAAUAUUAACUCAAGACUUAAGAUUUAUUCAAUAAGGGUGUAUAAUGUUAGUAAGAAUUGAAUAAAUGCAAAUAAUUGUUAGAAUAAAAAAUUAAAGAAUCUGAGGCUAAGGCUUAAGAACAUGAUUAAAAAGUAGAAAGGUAUUAAAUAUUAUUAAAAGCUCUUAAAGAAAAAUUUAAGAAAAAAUCUGAUGACUUAGAAAUCUUAUUAUAGGCUUUUAAAGAAUUAAAAGAAAAAUUAGAGAAGGAACAAGAAAAAAAUUAUUAAUUAUAAUAAGAACUUGAACAUACAAUUAAAUCUUCAGAGUAAAAAAGAUAAGAAGAAUUUAAUAAUUUUAGAUAGGUUCAUGAUUAAGAAAUUAAGUAGUUAUAAUAAUAAAAUUAAUAAGAAUUACUUUUAGAAAAGGAAAAACAUGAAAAACUUUAAAUAGAACAAUAAUAUUAAUAAAAAUAGUUACUAAAUGAAUUAAUGGAAUCUACCUAUUAAAAAAUAAGUGAUGUAAUAUUAGAUCCUUAUUUUGAUAUUUAAAAAAAAUUCCAUAAUAAUUUAAUUCUUAAUUUCAAAAGUGAGAUUAAAACAGUUAUUAAAGAGAAUAUUGAUAACUUUGAGACACCAAUUAAUUAAUUGUCAUUAAAAUUAUCUCAUAUUUAGGAAGAAACUUUAGAAGAAUUAAAAUUAAAAGCAUUAGAGAAACAUGAUGAAUUAGUGUCAACAAUAUAAAAAUUUAAAGAUGAUUCAAAAAUAGAAAAUGCUUAGAUAUUAAAAGAGAGUUUCAGUAAAUAUACUGCUGUAUGCAAUCAAAUAUAGGAUAUGGCUAUGAAAAUAAACUUUAAUAAUGAUUCUGAUGGAGAAUAUAUCUUUUAAUUAACUCAAUUGAAAUCAGUUUUAGAUUAAAAAUUAGAUUCUGUUUUUAGAUUGAUUAGUUUUUCAAAUGAAUUAUAAGGAUGGAAUUAAUAAUUUGAAAAUAGUAGAGAUACUAUUACUAAAGCAUAUUUUGAUUUAUAAAUAAGACAUAAAAGCUCAAUUAAAUGA